UGCUGGUGUUAACCCACCCGAACAGCGGGAAACGGUGAACGGUGCUUCGCUCGUGAUUAUCACACACCACUAUCAAACUGCUCAAGAAUAGAUCGCGCAGUACCAGGAAGGCACCGAACCGUCGCAGAAUAAAUGAUCGUAAUCGCAUUCCUGCGCUCCUCCCGCUAAAGUCAACCCCACCGAAAAGAGGGGGUGGUGUGUGUUGUCACUGCUCACCCCCGGGGGAGGUAGCUAGCUAUAGCCCGCUAGCCCAGCUCAGUACAGUGCGUUGAUUGCGUUUGUUUACGUGUUUGUCUCGAGUGAAGUUAAUCCGCCGAAGCUGAUUCGCGUUGCGUCGGCAGAAGCCAAGAAAACGGAGUAGAAGUAGUAGCAGGGGCUGUGACGCGUACAGACAAGCAGUGAAUAGUAUGUCAUUUUAAAUUAUCCCAGCUGUGUGCGUGUGUGUGUGAAACGAUAAAACAACUUAACACCGGAAGUGUGUCGGCCCCGUCGACCGGCGGCAAACAUUGGCAAAUAUGAAGAAACUGACCACAUAACAGCGGUGAACAGUGAAGAGAACGGGUUUUGCGGCAUCCACAUCCAGCGCGAGACGCAUCGCACGGACUCAUCGCAUCCCAUCGGCUCUCCGUCGUUCGUGUCCUCUGUCUCUUGCUCAGCUGCACUCCGGGUGCAUUCUCCAACACACACACAUCCCCCCCCCCCCUCCCGCAUUGUCCCCGCCUGUUAUCGCCAUGGGCGUGUGCCUGUGCAAGGACAAGGUCGAGGAAGGCUUCGUCGACGAUAGCAGCCGGGAUUCGUACGCACCGAAUGGGAGCGACACGGGACGGCUGGCCGGAAGCGGUGGUGGAGCCGGAGGUGGUGGUGGUGGUGGCAGCGGCGGUGGCGGCGGCAGUGGUAUUGUCGGCGGACCGGGCGGCCAGAACGGGCAUCACAUCCGCCACUAUUCCCGGUCCGAUCGGCAGGUUUCACUCUCCGACACCGUGGACGCGCUGGUCAAGGAAACGCUCGAAAUCAUCGGUUCGAUUGUGGACAAUGAACCAGAAACACCCAGCUCGAUGGUGAUGCUGCACGACAUAACGGACAAACCGUCCGGCUGGAUACAGCUGGUAAAGUCACUAAUCCGUGUCAUACCACUAGACAACCCGAUGGGCCCCAGCGUCAUAACGCUACUGCUCGACGAUAGUCCACUUCCAUCGAAAGAGUCCGUGCUGGAGGUGGCCGACAUGAUAACGCGAUCGAUACGACGCACUCCAAAGCGCGAGCGUAACAUGUGCAUCAUACUGGGCUUCCUUGCGGAACGACUGGCAGGACCGUGUAGUAUAUCGGCCCUGUCGGAGGUAACGCUCGGCUACCUGCUGGGGAAUCUGGACGAAGGUAUCCACCCGGAUGUGAUGCUGUUUUCGCUGAUAGCGCUAGAGAAAUUUGCUCAAACGAGUGAAAACAAGGGCACGAUUAGGAGAAAAUUAGCACUCUAUCCGGACAACCCUCUGCUGCGGCUCGAGAGACACAUCACCAGCAACGAUUACACGCUGCGUCAGGUCGGGUUCUGUGCUCAGUGGUGCUUAGACAACUACUUCCUUAUUGAGGGUCGGCAAUACUCGUACGAGGUAGCGGACGUUAGCAACGUCAAUGUGAUGCUCAACACGCGCGACGUCAGCGAGUACCUGAAAAUCUCGGCCGACGGGCUAACGGCACGGUGCGAUGCGUACUCGUUCGAAAGUGUCCGGUGUACGUACCAGGUGAAUGCCGGCUGUUGGUACUACGAGGUGCUGAUCAUGACGCCGGGCGUUAUGCAGAUCGGGUGGGCGACGAAGGAUUCCAAUUUUCUCAGCCACGAAGGUUACGGCAUCGGGGACGAUGCGUACUCGAUCGCGUUCGAUGGCUGCCGGAAGCUGAUCUGGCAUAAGGCGAAACCGAUGCAGCACAAUCUGAACGUGUGGUCGGGCGGAUCGAUACUGGGCUGUCUGCUGGAUCUCGAUGCACGGGAGGUUGUGUUCAGCCUGGACGGGUUCGAGGGUGAGGUGCUGAAGCAGCUGUUCGAGUCGGGCGAUGCGAUCGAUGGGUUCUUUGCCGCUGCCUCGUUCAUGUCAUUCCAGCAGUGCUGCUUCAACUUUGGCUCUACGCCGUUCGUCUAUCCGCCCAAAAAUCGAACGUUCAAAAGCUUUAACGGUCAUGCCGUGCUGAGCGAGCAGGAUAAGAUUGUUCUACCACGCCAUCUCUUCCUGGAGCAGCUGCGCAAACUGAGCGUCCGGGAGGACUCCUGCACGCUUUGCUUCGACAUGAAGGCAACGAUACGGAUCGAACCCUGCCAGCACCGAGGAUUCUGCACGAACUGUGCCGCCCUGCUACAGUUCUGUCCGAUGUGCCGAGCCGAAAUCCUCAGCACGGUACAGGAAGAAUCCACUCCAGAAGUCACCAGUCCGGGACAUUCGGAAACGAAUGAAACGGGCGACAUAAUCACCACCACCACCAACAACAACUCACCGGAAGAACAGAAACAGUAAGCUCUCAUCAAAUGAACAUCCCAAUUGGUUUGGCGUUAAACUUUAAAUGUUGUACUGCUUUGCUUUGCCCACUCGGAUUCCGGGCACCUCCGGUCUCCCCGAGUAGGUGGGACAGCAGCAAAAAAUGUGAUAGCUUGAGAAUCGGUAAAAUACGGAUCCUUCCACCACGAAUAAGGUGAACAUAUAGAGGUGAACGAAAAGGGCAAACGUGUGAUAGGGAUUGGAGCAGGAGUAGCGAUAGCGAAUGAAUAGCUUCUGGCCUACAGAGAAAUUCUAGGCCCUACUAGGUUGUUAACAGCCAUUGCUUUGUGUUUUGUGUAGGAAUUGCGCGUUCGAGGACCAUGUACUUACGUACUGCAUAGUAAGUUAAAGUCUUUCUGCGUGUUUUGUAUUAUACUUCACUAAUUGCCAUCAGCACCAUCGCCAACCAAGCUGGGUGUUGUGUGAAUUCACAUUCGGUCGAUGUAUCUCGCCGUCUUCCGUUGGUUUGCGUUGGUCGAGUUUCAGAAACUUGGCCCAGCAAAUCGAGCUCGAGGAUAAUUCGCUAGUAGCAUUGUAACUUUGCGUCAUAUUUUAAAUUGCUGUUGUAGGUCCUAAGUAUUACGCGGGUUUCCACUAGUUACGUUGAGUGUUUCGAUUCUUUGGUUUGGUCGUUUUUAACACAAACAUACACACACACAUUCAACCUAUCGAAGACAAUACAGUAGAAAGAAGAGCUAUUUAAACCAUGUGGAACAAUCAAAAGCGUUGCGGCUUACACCGCUAAGGAGAGCCUAGGCGAGCAGUUGUGGAGGGCAGGAGAAACGAACUCGUUAGUGUAAACGCUAGUAGUGUUUAAGCGUAAAUUCGUGUAGGUGAAAACAAAUGCAACAUAGCGACUCGGUCUAUUCCAUUCAGCGAAACAACUGGCCUCUUGUAACAGCGAAACUCCCCCCCUCCCCCGGAAUUGUUCUUCAUAUGUGGUCCGUUUUUGUGGCCAGGGUUUUGUUUUUUUCCGAGUGAAAGCAGUCGCGCUUUUAGCCAUCGGAUAUAAACACAUUUAGUAGAACUCACACACAACCACAACCAGGAGGCACAAGGUACGUCCAUUUAUUCCAUUUACAAAACAGCACACACCGGAAGGAACUAGAGCAAUGUUAGCAAACGAUAUCAAAGAAAGGUGAUUCCGCAGUAAGAGAAUCAGCAAAGAAUGAACUAAAAAUGGGUUUAUCUGAAGUUGCAGGAAGGCAUAAAGCAAACAAAAAGUGUACAUACAAUAGAAGUAACAAACAAAUAUGACUGAUAUAUUUUUGUACACGCGCGCGCAAAUGAAUGAAGGGGUAGUGUAAAUAGAGGAGAUCCGUAGGAGAUGCAAAACAUAUGUGUAUGAAAACUUUCUAUUAAAAUGCGGAAUAGUUUUAGCUAGGCCACCUCGGGAGUGGACGCCCGCACAUGGACUAAACCGUGAGGGAAUUAUAAUGGAUUGAAAAAUUUCUUGUUAUUGAAAGUAAAA